GCAGUUAUACGCAAAAGGGCCCCUUCAGUUGAGGACAGCACAACUCUAGUUUUUGGACAUUUUGGGAGAGCUGACAUUUGGGGAUUUUCUUCAAGUAAUUCUUCAAACAUCAUUGGCUGUACUUACUGAAUAUGCCUUCAUAUGGAUUGAGAUUUUUUGUUCCUCUAAUCUUCUGCCUCUUUACUGUGUACAGCAGACCUACAGGUGGCUACAUUCGUAACAUGAAAAGCUUCAUUCAAGCUGUGAAAAUGGUUGAAGAUUCCAACCCUGAUCUGUCCCCUUUGGCCCUGCUCAGAGCACUGCGAAGGACUGCUGGCCAUGAUGAUGUGAUGACUAUACAUUUCUUGGGUGCAUCAUAUAAUCUUAGUGGCAGUGAAGCUCCAGAGGGCGCCAUUAUAAAUGCAACAUACUUCAGCUAUUUUGAUAAAGCCACAUAUCACAUUGUGACAGACCAUGGAGAGGAACGAGGAGUAGUUCUUGUUCCAGACGGCACCACUGUAGCACUUGCACCCUUGUUGUUAGGAAUUGAAUCUGGAUUAAAAGCCAAGAUGGAAGGGACUCAAGCUGAUGGAAUCUUCCCUCUUACCCUUGGGAGACCAUUGGGCCUGUCAUUUCUCAGCCUACAGGACUUACCACCUUCUUUUCGUCUAGGUCCUAAUGGAUGUUGGGACAGCAUGCAGCACCCCAAGAUUUUCAAGCUGUCCCAACCAGCAACUAUGGCGACAGAUGCCAUUAUCAAUGGGGCAAUGGACGGAGUGAUACUGGGCCUGCACCUCAGCCAUUUACCUGCAUCUAAACAGCUAAAAACCCUCAGUGACAUUUUGAAAGGAUACUAUGUUUUCACUUUACAUGAAGGACAGGGUCUUGAUGCAGUGACCAGUCAUGUUAGCCCCAAGAGAAGGGAUAUCUCAAGAAAUCUUCUCCAGUCACUUGAUCUUCAAACUCAAGUGAUGGAGACUCUAGCGCUGGUUUGGAAAUUGGAGAAAACCGAAUGGAUUGCUCUGGACUCAGGCCUGGAAAAAGUGGUGAAUGAUGGAUUGCUGGCAUUUGGUCACAAGUACUGGGACUGCCCUCAGAUCAUCCCUCGCUGUCAGUGGGGGGCAAAGGCUUACAAGGGUACACCAGUCCCACUGUCACUUCCCCUUCAGUUUCUCUAUGUUCACCACACCUAUGAACCUUCGUUGCCCUGUUUAUCCUUUGCAAAAUGUUCUAGUGACAUGAGGGCCAUGCAACGUUUCCACCAGGAUGACCGCGGUUGGAGUGACAUAGGAUAUAGCUUUGUGGUUGGCUCCGAUGGAUACAUUUAUGAAGGAAGGGGUUGGAACCAACUUGGCACACACACCAGGAGACACAAUGAUGUUGGCUAUGGCGUGUCAGUUAUUGGCAACUACACUACCUCCCUGCCUUAUCGCUAUGCCAUGGACCUGCUGCGUAUUCAACUAGUACGAUGUGCUGUGAAUAGAGGGGGACUGGCCGAAAACUUUACCAUUCAAUGGCACAGACAGGUGGUGAACUACACCACUUGUCCUGGAGAUGCCUUUUUUUCUGAAAUAAAAACCUGGUAACAUUUCAAGGAAUGAUAGAAGACAGACUACCAGUUUAGGUUGUUUAACAUGUCAGGGUGUUGUCAAGUUUUGAAUUUGCGUGACAAGUAUGAGUAUGAGUAUGUGCAAGUUAUGAUGUUCAAUUCAUUAAAGCAUAAUAGUUAAUUAAUAAAAACCA